GUGAGAGUAACACUGUGGAGUUAUUCAUUCUGUGAAACUCCACUUGAUUUUAUUGGAUUAUUAUUAUGACUCUCGGAGAUGUUAGGAGUUGCAGCUGCUCUCACACACAGACAGAGGGUGUGGCUGAUGCUCUGUUGGAGUUGCUUUCAGCAGCGAGGCAUCAGGACUGUGUCACGCUUGGAGUUUACGAAGCUGCACAACUGCUGAAUGUGGAUCCAGACAGUGUGGUUCUGUGUGUUCUAGCAGCUGAUGAGGAACACGAGGGUGAUGUCGCCCUGCAGAUCCAUUUCACGCUCCUGCAGGCAUUCUGUCGUGAGAUCCACAUCGACGCACUGCGUGUCAGCGGAAUGAGACGUCUGGCCGAGACGCUGGGAGAACUGCCCACCUCUGAAGGGCCUGCCCAGGCACCCAUAGAUCUGCACUGCAUCCUGGUUACGAACCUGCAGGUUGAACACAAGAAGUUGAGUGAAGUGGGUCGGUUCUGCAGGGAGAACCUCUGCAAGAACCAGUGGAUUCCUCACAUCAGCCUUCACGAGCAUUGAGGAGCAACUGAACACAAGUAAUUAACUCUGCAACUAAGGCGUCAGACCUUGGGAAUGCAUGAGGACAGAACGAUCUGCACACGAGUGCUGUGGAUAACAGAAAAACCUUUGUGUGAUAUUAUUUUGCCCUAUAGGUGGCGCUCUAUCUUGUUGUAUGAAAAAGCAGCGGUUUAUUUGGUGUUUACAGUGGUCGUGCUACUUCUGUAUUUACCGCAAUACCACCCUGAAUCUUGUAUCUAUGCUAGCAUAAAUUAGCAUUAGCUUAUCACUAGCAAUCAGAGAAAACAAAUCAAAGAAUCCUUAUAACCUAAAUGGCAAAGUUUCUGUACACUGAACUACGGCAAGAUUUCUUGGACAAACACUAUGCUCUAAACUACAGCAACAGACUUGACGGAGAAUAAAGACACAGCUACGUUAUAUGUACGUUUAUAUCCGUGCUGCAUUCAGGAUUUCAUAAAUAUAUAAACUUUUUCCUCAACAGGAACAUUUUAUUUUAUUUCCAGUCAUAUUGACUAUCACACUGUAAAAUAUUUCUCUUAUUUAUAAACAUGCGAACGUUGAUGUUGAAUGUGAAAUAAAUGUUUAAACUUAA